AUGUGGAGUUCUCUCUCAGGACUUGCGGGUUCGCUUGUGGACCACACCGUCGGCAAUGUGGUCCGUCUAUCCCAUUAUACGAUGGAGUCUUUCCUCCUAUGGCGAUACGGUUUACAACUUGAGGGACGAGGAAAUAAACGUCUUCCUCAACGACCGCAACAGACAACAACAACUAAUACUAAUACUAAUACUACUACUAUAAUGAACAGUUCAAAUGAUGGUGUUUCUCAGUCUUCCACACAGGAUGACGUGGAUGUUUGCCACCGGCAGGCCGUGGCUGGAUUAACACUUCUCGCCCAGCGUGUGCCUAGUCUCAUGGGUGGAUAUUACCGCCCAACACUGCAGUCUAUCUAUGGAAGGCCCUUCACAUCACUUGCCGCGGUAAAACAACGGAGUGAGAAAAUUGCAGAGAAUAUUUGGCUCUAUCACCUCAUUACGCGUGGAUCUACCAACAUCACCACAUCAACAACAACAUCAUCAUCAUCAUCAACAAUAGGAGCUUCAACCCGUGUAGGCACAACGGAGUCCCGCUAUCAUCAACGGGAUGUGGAUGAUAUUCCGGUUGUGGUGUGGUUAGUUAUGCCGUGGGAGAGUGAGUCUCCUGUUGUGAUGCGGUUUGUGCUUCGACUCGCCCAGUCGUUGGGUUGCAAUGCACUCUUUAUUAUGGUUCCCAUGGAUGGUGAACAUGGGCCUGCGGCUACGGUUUCAUCCCUUAAUGCGAUGAUUGAAACUUCCCGGCAGAAAAUACAGGCAGGACGGAUUAUCAUUGGUGGAAGUGAUCUCGCGGCAAUGUUUGUACUUCUUUUGUUAAAUAGAUGUUGUCGUUUACUUCAUGUUGGUGCUUUAGCGGCAGCAGAUCCGGAAACAGCACGACGUUCAUUUUGUCAGGGAGUCAUUCUUGUAGAUCCAUUUGUUGGAUGGGAGACACCUGCCCCCAUAUACACUACUAGUGGUAAUAGUAACAGUAAUGGCAAUAAUAAUAAUAAUAAUAAUAAUAAUAAUAAUAAUAUAAACUUCACGGGUCCGUCGUCCUCUCAUGAGAACGUCUAUGGUAAUAAUCACGGCAACCGUGCAAGUAGACAACAACAACAACAACAGCAACCAUCUGCGAAGGAUCGUUUCAAACAACUAGUUAUGAACAGCAGCGGAGGCUAUAUUCGUGAGUGGUUCCCCCUCCCCAUUACCUGUGAGGCCCCACCUGUGGUUGUAUUAGUAGACGAAGGUGGUUUCUGGCUGCAGGAGCAGUGUGAGUUCAACGCCCGUGUGGAUCGUCUAUCGAUGGAGGGAAGUGAAGAUCGUGUGUUCUUCUUACCGUACAGUAUUGGAACUGCGGCGGCGGGAACGAUGGUGUCGUGGUCCACAAGUGUGGAGUUGGAGCGGCUCUGGCGCAUGGUGGAGAACUUUCUCAGUGAGCAGCUUUCCCAACGGGAACUCCACAGCUCAGCAGAUGUAUUCCUGUCCUCAGGAACUGCCGGGCGAAGAAGAGAGGGAAGAAGAAGAAGGAGAAUAACAACACGAAGAGGAAGAGAAGAAAGACGAGAGAAUAGAUCUGGGGUAACAGUUCAACCGCGUCUUCGUGAAGGGGAGGCAACGUAUUUGGCGGCUUAUGCUCCUUAG